AUGAUGAUGAUGAUGAUGAUGAUGAUGAUGAUGAUGAUGAUGAUGAUCGAUGAUGAUGAUGAUGAUGAUGAUGAUGAUGAUGAUGAUGAUGAUGAUGAUGCUGAGGAUGAUGAUGGUGAGGAUGAUGAUGAUGAUGGUGGUGUUGAUUAUAUUUAUGAUAAUACUGAGGUUGAUGAUGAUGAUGAUGAUGAUGAUGAUGAUGAUGAUGCUGAAUCGGAAGAGCGUCGUGUAGGGAAAGAGUAUGAUCCUGUUGAUGUUGAUGAUGAUGAUGUUGAUGAUGGUGAUGAUGAAGUGGUGAUGAUGAUGAUGAUGAUGAUGAUGAUGAUGAUGAUGAUGAUGAUGAUGACGAUAAUGAUGAUGAUGAUGAUGAUGAUGAUGAUGAUGAUGAUGAUGAUGAUGGUUAAUGAUGAUGAUGAUGAUGAUGAUGAUGAUGAUGAUGAUGAUGAUGAUGAUCGAUGA